GCCUCUGCUCAUAUUAUCGCUUUGUGCAUUGCAUGCCAUAGCUUCUUCCAUCAGCAGUGAGGGAUUCACAUGUGAUAAAUGUAAGGCUGACGGACGCUGAAUGCUAGUGGAGGUCAGUGAGAGAAAGUAGCCUGUAGAUACUGUUUCAGAUGGGGAUUUUUCAGCGAGCAACUCGCACACAUUUUUCCUGCUGUAGAGCCCCUGCAGCAGGGCGUUUGGGAGACAUCUCUGCAGCAUACUCGUAGGACAAAGCGACACCACUCUCCCAUUCCUGUUAGGAUUUCCAAUCGAUUUUCCCCACUCAGUGGUGCACCCACUGAGAUUCAUGUUGAAAGCGCCCUUGUAUUGGUGACUAUUCUAAGGAACAUGGAAAUAGAGACUUCAGCCACUAUUGUUAAAUGCAUUUUGGAUGCCAGAGCAUCUGACAUUUAUAUGAAAUUUACAAGUGCUGGCUAAUGCUAAAUGUAGAUUUUCUAAGAUUGUUAUUCAUGUCGGCACUAACAAUGUCCAGCUUCGCCAGACAGCGAUCACUAAAUAUAAUGUUGAAGAAGUGUGUGAACUUGCAAAAAUGAUGUCAGACAUUGUAAUAUGCUCUGCCCCCCUCCCUGCUCAUUGUGGUGACAAGGUUUAUAGUAGAUUAGUGUCACUGAAUGGCUGGAUGUCUGAGUGGUGUCUGGAGACUAGUAUAGGAUUCAUAGACAAUUGGAGUUUUUGGGGAAGACCUGACCUGCUAAAGAGAGACAGACUGCAUCCCUCCAUAGAAGGUGCCACUCUCCUCUCUUGUAAUAUGGCUCAUAAUCUUAAUAGUGAUAUUGUUUGUCUAACUGGGGCCCAGGUCAGGAAACAGACAAACUGGCUAAUCCAAACGUAUGCUAGCUGCCUUGAGACAUCACUAAGUGUCGCAUAAACUACAACACAUAGAUAAUGAAUCACCUGUAUAUCAAAUAGAGACUGUGUCUGUUGCCAGAACUACCAAACACAAAACCCUCAUUAAUUAAUUUAGAAACAAUUGUAUUGAUGUCAAACUUUAUAAAAAAAAUAAAAAUAAAUAAAAAAUAAAAGGGUUGGGCUAUUAAACAUUAGAUUGCUUUCAUCCAAAUCACUAAUUUUAGAAGAAAUUAUUACAGAUUAUAGUUUGGAUUCGCUCUGUUUGACUGAAACCUGGAUUUAAACAGAUGAAUAUAGUUUAAAUGAGUUUACUUCAGGUUAUUGUUAUAAACUUGAGUCUCGUCUGAAAGGUCGAGUAAGAGGUGUUGCUACAAUUUACAGUGAUAUUUUCAGUGUUACUAAAGGUCUGGAUAUAAGUUUAAUUCUUUUGAACUGAUAAUUCUUAAUGUGACAUUGUCAGAUAUAAAUAAAAAAUACUGUUGUGUUCUUGCAACAGUAUAUAGACCAUCAGGGCAAUAUUCUGAAUUCCUUGGAGAAUUUGCUUAUUUUCUGUCAGAUCUAGUGGUUGCUGUGUAUAGAGCAUUAAUUGUCUGUGACUUCAUCCACAUAUAAUGAAAAUGAUACACUGGGAUUAGCAUUUAUCGAUAUUCUCAACUCUGUUUGGGUUAGACAAAAUGUGACCGGUCCAGCUCAUCGCCAAAAUCAUACGUUAGAUCUAAUUUUGUCAUAUGGAGUUGAUGUUGAUACUAUAGAAAUUCUGCCGCAGGACAAUGAUACCUCAGAUCAUUAUCUCGUCUCAGGUAUGCUGCGCUUAGCAAAGGUAACUCAAUCUACGCAACAUUAACUUUCAGGUAGAACUAUUCUUUCUACUACUUAUAGCUUCACUAAUAAUCUUCAAGACUUUUCUCAAAUACUCAGUUUGCCAAAAGGUUCAGAAGAACUUGUCACAGAAAAUAUGGAUACAGUCUUCUCUAGCACUCUAGAUAGUGUUGCCCCCCCUUCGGAUAAAGAAAGUUAAAGAAAAAAAAAAUUCUGCACCAAUGUACAAUGAUCACAAUCAUGCUCUCGAGAGCAGCAUGGAAAAAUAUAAAAUUAGAGGUAUUUCACGGUGCAUUGAAAUAGUGUCUCUAACUAUGUUUAUUUUUACAGAGAAAUGGUAAAUAUGAAAAGUUUCAGUCAGGAUUUAGGCCCCAUCAUAGUACAGAGACUGCAAUUAUUAGUUACAAAUGAGUUGCUCUUAUCAUUUGAUCGUGGCUGCAUUUCUCUUCUAGUGCUUUUAGAUCUUAGUGCUGCCUUUGACACCAUCGAUUUUGACAUUCUCUUGGAUAGGCUUGAGAAUUAUGUUGGCAUUUGUGGACUUGGGCUGGGCGAUAGGACGAGGUAAUCGGAUAUUGACAAUGUCUUACAAAGAUCCCGAUGCAGAUUGCGAACAGAUGAUGAUAGACAAUAUCGGGAAAUGGCAAAACCAUGGAUCUGGGAAGUAGCCAAAUAUAUUAAACAGUGGCCAGGGUGUGAAACUAGCACCCGCCUUCCGCAAAAUGCUAUGAGGUUGAAUCCAGUUUGCGAGCUGCUCGUCCAAAUGUAUUUCAUGCACAUGUAAUUUUGCUUAUCUACCCACAACAGUUGGGUGACCUGUAAGACGUCUCGGAGUGACACAUGACAAGAAUUGCUGUUAGUCACAAUGACAUGUGCUUGAAGAAACAAAUGUUAUUAUAUUUUUAAGAACAGAAAAAGAAAAGCUGUAAAUGUUUGUGUCUGAUUCUCUUAUUUGUUCAGAGGCAUGCAACAAGAGCUUGUCUCGUGGAACAAACGCAUGUAAAGAGUUUUCACUUUCUCUGUUUCAUUCAUCUGAAAACUGUUUGCAAGAAUAAUGUUGUCUAUGAGAAUGCUGCAAAUGAUCUCCAGUCAUCUCAGGAGGUGUUGUGAGUUUAGUUUGCUUUAUUUCCAUGCAGUUUGCAUGCAUUGUGAACUAGGGCUGGGGAAUAUGGCCAAAAAAAAUGAUCAUAGUAUUUUUUUCAUAUAAUUUGAUAUUGAUAUUUAUCAUGAUAUACAUUUCAUAUAAUUUAAUGGGGACUGAAUUCCACAUGUUUGUUAGACCUCAAGAAUGAAUUAAACAUAACUUGUUUUUUACAAGUACACUCCAUAGGGCUUUUUUAUAAGCUACCUUUAAAGUACACACAGUUUAGGAUUUAAUCCUAUAUACGGUGUGUGACCUCUUUUUGAUGAAAGUGGGUGGCAGUAAUGCACCAUAAACCGGAUUGCCAACCAUCAAUAAACAUCACCAGAAGAAGAAAACGGUCUUACCUGUGACAGAGCAAUGGAUCAUGAAAAAUGUUUAACUAAGUAGUACAUGCAUAAAUAGAAAUGUUGUUAAUGUCAGAGAUGUUGUUGUUGUUGUGUUCAGUUGAUAGCUGUUGUACUGCAUUGUCAGUGCUGUCUUGUUCACUACACAACGAUAUUAAACUAGCUGGAUAGCUAGCUGCCAGCUAGUGGCUACCAAGCCUCAUCUGGCCUCAGUACCGGUUUCUAUGACAGCAGGGCUGCCUGCUAACAGGCAUUAUACUUCCUAAGAUUCAGUUAGAUAGUUGUGUGUAUUUGCCGAACUGUUUGCGUUUUUAGCGACUCGUACCUGAUCCGAUCGUCUAGAUGUAGAACAUAAGCUAAAUAUCGAAAAUUACUCAAGUUUGUCAUUGAUAUAAAAUUUAUUUUUCCAAUAAAUAUAUAGUUUUAUCGUCCCAGCCCUAUUGUGAACACAACUCUGCAGGUACAGUAAUAUAUGUCUUUCUAUUAAAGAAACAAAGAUGAAAGUGAUUAAAUCAUAAAGUAAUACAAGACACAUUUACCUUGAGCCUUAAAUUGCUUUUUUUUUUCUUUAGGCAGCAUUAACUGUAUUACCAAAAUGCAAUACAAACACAAAUUUGAUAAGAACACAUAUUUAGCAUUAUAUUUGGAACACAAGGGAAUUUAUUAUUUUUAUUAUUGUCUUUACAUUUAUAUUUGUCUUUAGUUCUUAAUCUGUAGGCUAUUAGUAAUUUUCCACCUGUUGUCGUUGACUGAUACCUGCGUGAUUGCAAAUGGAGCCGUUGGAGACGGUAAAUGUUUGGAUUUGGGGAGGUGGUUAAAUAAGAUUUUUUUGUAUCACUUUAUUUUUAUUUAUAUUUUUCAUUAAAGUGCAAUUUGAAUUUAGAAAUGUCUUUUUUGUUUUUCAUGUUCAUAUAUUAAUUUUUAAAGCAAAAUCAGUAAAGCAAAAAAAUUCGCCGACCCUCGGCAGGAGGACUUGACAAUGUAUUUGGAUAUUGCGAUUUUUCUUUAAGGCGAUUUAUAUAAUAUUGCUAUAAUAAUUAUUACAUACCGCCCAUCCCUAUUGUGGACAGGCAUUAGCUUGGUUUAGGUCCUAUCUUUCUGACCGUUACCACUUUGUCUGUGUAAAUGAGGAACUGUCAGAUCAAAUUAAAGUUGUAUAGAGUGCCACAGGGAUCAGUUUUAGGGCCUCUGCUUUUCUCCCUAUAUAUGCUCCCCCUGUGAGACAUCAGGAAGCAUGGAAUUAGUUUUCACUGUUAUGCCGAUGAUACCCAACUUCAUAUUUCUUCGAAACCCAACAAAAUUUCGCAAUUUGUGUAUAAAUGAUAUCAAAGAGCGGAUGGCUAGAAAUGUCCUCCUACUCAAUUCCGAUAAAACAGAAGUACUAAUUAUUGAGAAAAAAAAAAAAGCUAAAAUAUAAUCUGACUCUUGAUGGAUGGUACUGUAAUGUCAACUUCUACAGCAAAAAAAAAAAAAAAAAAGUGUUAUAUUUAAUAACAAUCUAACCUUUGAAAAAAAAAUCCAAUAUUUGUAGAACUGCAUUCUUCCACCUCAGAAAUAUUGCAAAGUUUCAACACAUGCUAUCCGUUUCUGAUGCCGAAAAACUAAGUCAUGCGUUCCUCACCUCAAGACUAGAUUAUUGUAAUGUGUUACUCGGUGUAAACUUCAGUUAGUUCAAAAUGCAGUAGCAAGAGUGCUAACUAGAACUAAGAAAUACGAUCAUUUCAGUCCCAUUUUAUCGGCAUUACAAUGGCUACCUGUUAAGUUUCGUAUUAAUUUUAAAAUUCUGUUAAUUACUUAAAAAGCUUUGAAUGGUCUAGCUCCAAAGUAUUUGUGACCUUCUUUCAUGCUAUAAUGUAUCCACUAUGAUUGCAAAACUCCAGCCUGUUAACAAUACUGUGAAUAUCAAAAUCCAUAAAAGGAGGGAUUAUUUUCAUAUUUGGCUCCUAAACUAUGGAAUAGUCUCCCUAGCAGUGUUCAGAACUCAGACACACUCUCUCAAUUUAAGUCUAGACUAAAGACAUAUCUAUUCAGCUAGGCAUACACCUAUUUAUACCUCAAUUCAUAGUUAUGCUGCUUUAGUUAGGUUACUAAAAACACACUUUUUUUAACCCUGCUUUAAAUUCAAUGGCAUCUACGCUAAUUUUAUUAUAUUUUUUUCCUGUCUAAACCUUGGGAUUAUAUCCCGAGGUUACCAGAGCCUGCCAGAUCCAUCUCCGUUCCUGCCUGAUGUCCGAUUCCCACUGUGUCGCUGAGUGAUGACCAACUGCAGCAUGUGCCAGCCAGACUUGACUUCAGUCUACUAAGACAGUGGAUGAAUUUAUGCAGACUCAAAGACAUGGGAUUCUUCAUGAGUCAUUGUCUGAAGCAUGGGCUCAGGAUGGAGUUCACCAAAAUUAACUGCCACAAGCAUCCACCCAGACUGCGAUACUCCUCACUGAAUGAUACCUAUAUCAACUUGGCCAAAGGAGGGACAACACUCUCUUAAACUACAGUUGAAGUCAGCAGUUUACAUAUGCUUCGGUUGAAGUCAUUAAAACACAUUUUUUAACCACUCCACAGAUUUCAUAUGUGCAAGCUAUAGUUUUGGCAAGUCGUUUAGGACAUCUGCUUUGUGCAGUACACAAGUAAUUUUUCCAACAAUUGUUUACAGACUGUUUAACUUUUCAUUGACUAUAUCACAGUUCCAGUGGGUCAGAAGUUUACAAACACUAAGUUAAAUGUCUUUAAACGGCUUGGAAAAUUCCAUAAAAUUAUGUCAAGCCUUUAGACAAUCAGUCAAUUAGCUUCUGAUAGGCUAAUUCAAGUCAAUAGGAGGUAUACCUGUGGAUGUAUUUUAAGGCCUACCUUCACACUCCGUCACUCUUUGCUUGACAUCAUGGGAAAACCAAAAGAAAUCAGCUAAGACCUCAGAAAACAUUUGUGACCCUCAACAAGUCUGGUUCAUCCUUGGGAGCAAUUUCCAAACAUCUGAAGGUACCGUAUUCAUCUGUACAAACAAUAGUAUGCAGUAUAAACAUCAUGGGACCACACAGCCAUCAUACCGCUCAGGAAGGAGACUCAUUCUGUCUCCUAGAGAUGAACAUCCUUUGGUGCGAACUGGAAAUCAAUCCCAUAACAACAGCAAAGGACCUUGUGAAAAUGCUGGAGGAAACAGGUAGACAAGUAUCUAUAUCCACAGUAAAACGAGUCCUAUAUUGACAUAACCUGAAAGGCUGCUCAGCAAGGAAGAAGCCACUGCUCCAAAUCUGCCAUAAAAAAAGCCAGACUACAGUUUGCAAGAGCACAUGGGGACAAAGAUCUUACCUUUUGGAAAAAUGUCCUCUAGUGUGAUGAAACAAAAAUUGAAUUGUUUGGCCAUAAUGACCAUCGUUAUGUUUGGAGGAAAAAGGGUGAGGCUUGCAAGCCGAAGAACACCAUCCCGACCGUGAAGCAUGGGGGAGGCAGCAUCAUGUUGUGGGGGUGCUUUGCUGCAGGAGGGACUGGUGUACUUCACAAAAUAAAUGGCAUCAUGAGGAAGGAAAACUUUGUGGAUAUAUCGAAGCAACAUCUCAAGACAUCAGCCAGGAAGUUAAAGCUCAGUCGCAAAUGGGUCUUCCAAAUGGACAAUGACCCAAAGCAUACCUCCAAAGUUGGGCAAAAUGGCUUAACGACAACAAAGUCAAGGUAUUGGAGUGGCCAUCACAAAGCCCUGACCUCAAUCCGAUAGAAAAUUUGUGGGCAGAACUGAAAAAGCAUGUGUGAGCAAGGAGACCUACAAACCUGACUCAGUUACACCAGUUCUGUCUGGAGGAAUGGGCCAAAAUUCCAACAAUUCCAUUGUGAGAAGCUUGUGGAAGGCUCCCAAAACAUUUGACCCAAGUUAAACAAUUUAAAGGCAAUGCUACCAAAUACUAACAAAGUGUAUGUAAACUUCUGAACCACUGGGAAUGUGAUGAAAGAAUUAAAGCCUGAAAUAAAUAAUUCUCUCUACUAUUAUUCUGACAUUUCACAUUCUUAAAAUAGUGAUCGUAAAACUGGGCUUAAGGCUGUGUCUCAUUUGGAAGGCUGCGUCCUCCGGAGGUCACAUCUGUCGGCCGCAUACGUCAUUGAGGCUGUCUCGUUUCAGAAAAGCGAGUAGGACACUUCGAAUGCAGCCUUCGAAUGCAACCUUCUUUCACAGGAAUUUGGAGGAUGCAUGAAGUGUAUCCUUUGUGGGCGCUCACAACCUAUGUCUAAAAACAAUGACACCAAUUUGUCCAAAAAUAUGAUGUUCAAAAGUAAUGUUGAUUCCCAAGUUGAAGUAUCUCAGUGGAUGUGUGCAGAGUAUAUGUAUAAUUAUAUUAAUAUAUCAUUAAAAUAAAGUAUUAGACUAAAAGUACAACUGUAAAAUCUAUUUUCUUUUCUCUUUACAUCAUAUAACUCUCCUAAAAUUUACCUCAUACCUUCCCUUCUAAAGGGACUUCUCACUCAAAGUGCUCAUGCUUGUUAAAGAGUGGCGUGCUGUCAUAGCAACCAUGUUACGUUCUGUUUCCGUUUGUCCUAUGAAGACUGUCUCAUUUAAACGAGACUUGUUUAAAGGAGGAUGCUCAGUAUACUGCAGCCUUCAAAGGACAUGUCCUACCUAGCACGCAACCUUCGAAACGAGACAAAGCUAAAAUGUAUUUGGCUAAGGUGUAUGUAAACAACUAACUUCAACUGUGCAGAGAAAAUGAAUUAACCACUAACAAAAGUCUUCAUCCAAAAUCAAAGGACAAUGCAUCGACGUGUAUUUCCUCCGUUAAUUCGGGAAGACUUCAAGGACUUUAACACUAAAACUAAUAGUUAAUACAAAAUAAUUUUGUUUAAUCAUUGACCCACAACACUUGCAUUUUAACCACUAAUAGUUCUAAACAUAACUAAUAUUGGAAUCAUAUUCAUUUUAUGUUAUUGCAUAAUUUAAUUUACAGCUGCUUUGAAACAAGGCAUGCUGUGAAAAGCACUAUACAAAUAAAUUUGACUUGGAAAAUGUUUAUUUAGGCUGUGUUCUAUUUGUGGUAAAUAAAAGGGAUGUGCACAGAUGACAUCCGGUUAGCUGUUCAACGCACCACUAUUCGAAUACCAAAAUCACUAUUCAGUUAUUCUACACGUGCACAUGCAGUCUUCAACCCCACCCAAACUUGAGGAGUUCCAACAAACCUUCGGGUUUUCCGGCCUGGUUUGGGACAUUUGUUUCAAGUAUAGUCAUCUCGCACAGGAUCGCAGCAUUUUUCAACACCAAGUAAAGUGCAAUUUUCCCCCUUCAAUCUCACAUGCUCCACAUCUCUCGUGUGAAGAGCUGAUGGAAGUGAAAGAGAAACAUGAAGAGCUGAAUGAAGUGGAGGAGAAACGGCAUGAUUUCAUAACUGGAGAAAAAUCUUUGAGUGGCUCAAAGAAUAAAAAUAAUUUUUCACCAAAAAAUCCUCAAAGAGCAGCCAAAAAAUCUUUCACCUGCUCUCAGUGUGGAAAGAUUUUCACAUGUAAAAGCCAUCUUAAAAGACACAUGAGAGUUCAUAGUGGAGAAAAGCCUUACACAUGCCAUCAGUGUGGAAAGAGUUUCACACUUAAAGGCAAUCUUAAUACACACAUGAGAGUUCAUACUGGUGAGAAGCCUUACACGUGCCAUCAGUGUGGGAAGAUUUUUGCAUAUUCAGACCAUCUCAAGAAUCAUCUUCGCUUUCACUCUGGAGAAAGACCAUUUGAAUGUGAUAAGUGUGGGAAAACAUUUGUUCUGCCGCAAUACCUAAAAACACACCUGAAAACUCACACAAAUGAGAAGCCUUACAAGUGUUCAUUUUGUGGAAAGAGUUUUGUUUGCCUGUCCUAUUUUAAAGGGCACCAGAAAAUACAUACCGGUGUGGGAGCUCAUAUGUGCUUUGAAUGUGGAAAGACCUUUAUUAUAGCCAGCAACUUGAAAGAGCACCAAAGAAUUCAUACUGGAGAGAAACCAUACAAGUGCUCACAUUGUGAAAAGAGUUUCAGUAAGUCACAAAACAUGAAAGCACAUGAGAGAAUUCAUACUGGAGAAAAACUUUACCACUGCUCUUCAUGUGGGAAAAGAUUCAUCUCAGCAAGUUCUUUACGGAAACAUGUCAAAAAGAAUUGCCCACAUAGUCACAGCAAGCAAGAAUCAUCUUCUGGUCCAAUGAUAUCAAGUAAAUAGUGAAUGUGUGAACAAAGCAUAUGUGCCUCCUAACCAAACUAUUGCGUGUGCAGCCGUGUCUUAGAAUGAGACCAUCCUGCAGUGCAACGAAUGCAGAGCUAACAUGACAUGAAAGUUAGCAUCUCUGAAUACUAGCUAUACCAGGACUCGACAUUAACGCUUGUCCAGGACAAGUGGGUUUUUGAUGGAGCAAGUGAUAGAGAAUUUUACUUUUAAGGGCAGACUUUUUCUUGGCACCUACAUAAAAUCUAGAGGUUUUCAAGAGAUUUUCUAGGUGUAGUGAGAUUUCUACUAUACCUUCCAGAGGUGUUCAGAAUCAGUCUGGUCUCCUAAACUGCCAGCUGCUGUUUGAAGCAUGUGAGUUCACAAAUAUAUUCUGCUGGCCUGGUACAUCUGUCACCCCCAAACUAUACUGUAUCGAAAUGUAAAGCUGUGACUGAAUAAACUUUGAAAAAGUUCCAUGUAAAAUCAGAAAUUAAAAAGUUUUUUUUAUUAAUAACAUGCUUCCAUGUUUCUUUAACCCUUAAAAACAUACGUCGGGUCUUUAUUACAAGAUAAAUGAGUGCUAUAUUCAUACAGAUAGAUACUGUAUUAUGUUGAUUUUAUGUUCAACAAUGGUGAAUUAUCAGUAUCCCACAUGCAUGUUCAGAUUCAUAUUAUACAUGCUAUUUCUGACCUGAUUUAUAUUUGACAAUGUUAUUUGAUGAAGAAACAAUGUGGAAGUAAACUAUAGCAAGUUUAAUACAUGAAAAGUAUGUAUAUAGUUAAAGUAUAUAGUAAGAUUGUCAUUGCGUGUGUUACUGAAAUUAUGUAAAUUGUGCAUGUAUUUAGACUAAAUAAGUACCUGAGAAAAUACAUGUGUGUAGCUUAUUUCUAUCUUAUUUGUUAUGUGUAGCUCAAUAUGUGUUUGACAGCCAGUUGUGUCACGAAAUUUCAGUGUGAAAAUAAUGAAUCCUGUUCUAGAUUUUUUUUCUGAUUUGUUGCAUUAUCUCUUUGAUAUAUGAAAAA